CCACACUACUCCACAGCUCCCUCAACACGCGAGGAACCCGGCGCUGCGGCUCCACACUUCUCAGCCCGCCCGCUCCUCCUCCUCCCCGGCGCUGCGGCUACACAACGCAACGGCUUCCCGGCGGCACAGCGGCGAGGAGGAGGUCCGGCAAGGAGAGCGGACGCGCGUUGACAGAGAAGCGGAGAGGAGGUGCACGCGAUGCGGACAACGGAAUAACACAGACGAAUCGGAGUGUGAUGAAAGGGAAAUUACGAAUAUUUUAAUUAGUUAAGAUUAAAAAAACAUGUAUAAGAGAAGAUAAAUACACGCCCUCCAUCCCAGGCUCGUAGCUCAGCUCAUUCGAAUGGGAAAGCUUGCCGCAGCCGCACCACUACUGCAGCACCAUCUUAUCUUGCAAGGUUAGAGAAGGAAGUUGUGAGCUUUAACACCAUGCUGAGAUUACUGUUCUCUUUGGGAAUUUGCAGAUAGAAAGGAGAAGUGCUCAAAAUGGGGGCCCUUUUGAGCUCCCCCAACAGCAAGAACCAGCCAUGGGAGCAUGGUGAAGCUUCAAAGGCAGAUUCCUCCAAGAAGCUGCGGAUGUCGGCGCCGCCUCUGUCCGGUGGCUACGACCACCCCGGGCUGAUCCCGGGGCUCCCGGAUGAGAUCUCGCUGCAGAUCCUCGCAAGGAUGCCCCGGAUGGGUUAUCUGAAUGCAAAGAUGGUUUCGAGGAGCUGGAAGGCUGCGAUCACUGGCGUGGAGCUGUACCGGGUGAGGAAGGAGCUGGGUGUGAGUGAGGAAUGGCUGUACAUGCUUACCAAGUCAGAUGAUGGGAAGCUAGUGUGGAAUGCAUUCGAUCCGGUUUGUGGCCAAUGGCAGAGGCUGCCACUGAUGCCGGGGAUCAGCCAUGGAGGAGAAUGCAAGAGGGGCAUCCCUGGGUUGUGGUUAGGGGAUUUGUUGAGCGCCGGCAUCAGGGUCUCUGAUGUUAUUAGAGGCUGGCUUGGCCAAAGGGAUUCAUUGGAUAGGCUUCCGUUCUGCGGUUGUGCAAUUGGGACAGUCAACGGGUGCAUCUAUGUUUUAGGUGGAUUCUCUAGAGGCUCGGCGAUGAAAUGUGUAUGGAGGUAUGAUCCUUUUGUCAAUGCGUGGCAGGAGGUUAGCUCGAUGAGCACCGGGCGCGCAUUCUGCAAGGCUAGCCUGCUGAACAACAAGCUGUAUGUUGUUGGUGGUGUCAGCAAAGGCAAGAACGGGUUAGCUCCGCUCCAAUCCGCCGAGGUGUUUGACCCAAGGACAGGAAUUUGGGUGGAGGUGCCUGACAUCCCGUUCUCGAAAGCGCAAGCUCUACCAACUGCCUUCUUGGCUGAGCUGCUGAAGCCCAUUGCGACAGGAAUGACCUCAUUUGGAGGCAAGCUUUAUGUUCCUCAAAGUCUGUAUUCCUGGCCAUUCUUUGUUGAUGUUGGUGGGGAGAUCUUUGAUCCGGAGACAAAUUCAUGGGCGGAAAUGCCUGUAGGAAUGGGCGAGGGCUGGCCAGCGAGGCAGGCUGGUACGAAGUUAAGUGCUGUCAUAGAUGGGGACUUGUAUGCUUUGGAGCCAUCAACUUCUUCUGAUAGAGGUAAGAUCAAGAUUUAUGAUCCUCAGGAGGAUGCUUGGAAGGUUGCCAUUGGCCAGGUACCAGUGGGUGACUUUGCAGAGUCGGAAUGUCCAUACUUACUUGCAGGAUUUCUUGGCAAGCUCAAUUUGAUCAUCAAAGAUGUAGAUAGCAAGAUCAAUAUAAUGCAAACCGAUGUUCUGAAGCCUGUGGAGUUGUCAGCCCCUGGAAAUGGUCCAACAUGCCAAAAUCAACAACUUUCUUCAGAACAGGAAACUAAUUUGUGGAAAGUCAUCGUGUCGAAAAAUCUUGCAGCCGCUGAAUUAGUCAGUUGUCAGGUGCUCAACAUAUAACUUGUUAUGUGUUUACUUUUGUUGAGUAGAUGUGCUUCUACCAACAUCUGAUCAAGUCAACGGUAGAGGCUAUCACCUUAAGUGAAAAUGAUCAUUAUCUGUGUAUGGUUUGGAUGUGAGUAAUGAGCUGCAGAAAUCAAUUCAAACGGCAAUGUACAUAUUUAUAUGUAAUCUGUGUGUAAUUCAACUCUGUAAUACAUCACAUAAGAUAGAGAAAACCAUGCUGGUUUCUUCAGUUCUCAAGACAACAGUGCUAUCUCCAUCAGCACUGCCAAAUAUAUUAACCUUUUUCAUUGUCA